AUGGCGAGUGAAACAGAUUGUAUCAAGUACGAAGAGUGUUUCAUAAAGAACACUCGAGGAUUAAAGUUGUUCACGUGCAAAUGGCUACCAACAAACCAAGAGCCAAGGGCCUUAAUUUUCCUUUGCCAUGGAUACGGCAUGGAAUGCAGCAUCAGCAUGAACAGUACUGCGAGGAGGCUCGUGAAGGCAGGAUUUGGGGUUUAUGGAAUGGAUUAUGAAGGACAUGGAAAAUCUGAUGGGCUUAGAGCUUAUAUCCAAAAAUUUGACAACCUCGUUGAUGAUGUCUCUGCUCACUUCACAUCCAUUUGCGAGAGGGAAGAGAACAAAGGGAAGAAGAGGUUUCUGUUAGGAGAGUCAAUGGGAGGAGCAGUAGUUUUGUUGCUAGGCAGGAAGCAACCUGAGUUUUGGGAUGGAGCUCUCUUGGUCGCUCCAAUGUGUAAGAUCGCAGAAGAAAUGAAGCCAAGUCCUUUUGUUAUUUCGAUAUUAAAGAUGCUGGUUUCGGUUAUACCCAAAUGGAAAAUCAUUCCUACUAAAGAUAUCAUCGCGAUUUCAUGUAAAGACCCAGAAAUAAGAAAAGAGAUUCGAAAAAAUACCUUAUGUUACAGAGGACGACCACGCUUGGAAACUGCGUUUGAGCUCUUAAAGGUCAGCAACGAUUUGGAGAAGAGACUUAAAGAGGUUUCAAUCCCGUUUAUGGUAUUACACGGAGGUGAUGACAAAGUAACAGACAAAGCAGUGAGCCAAGAACUGUACAAGGUUGCCUUGAGCUCUGACAAGACCUUAAAGUUGUACUCUGGGAUGUGGCAUGGUUUGCUUAAUGGCGAGCCACAAGAGAACAUCGAGAUUGUCUUUGCUGACGUCAUUGGGUGGUUAGAAAAAAGAACAGAGUUUGGAAAUGAUAAGCUUGAGUCGGAGCUUAAACAUAGUAAUGAUGGUUUUCACUUCAAGGGAUAA